CCGGCCUGGGCCCGACAAAUGCAAAUGGACUUUUGUUCACUGACGUCAAGGUCGUGUUGUGGUCUUUCUCGUCGGAGGACAAAAGCACUCUGACAGACGACCGGUUCAUCACCUGCUGCCCACUUCAAGGUCACCCAGUCGGUUUUCAAUGCCAGUGCAUAAACGAGUAUUAGCAGAUUUGCGUGCCCUGCAUGGCUUGCACUAACAGGGCUCCCAGCCAGAAGCCUCUGCUGUCCCGUUUCAGACCUCACGACCCCAGACUGCCGAAAGAUGGCCACGAUCAUUCACACCUAUUCAGCCAUGCCCGUCUUGGAUCAUGGGGACCGCGAUGGAGUCACCCUUCGGCAUCGACUUCAACCACUGUCAACAUUCCCAUAUAAACAAACGGGCCUCCUUCCCCAGACUGAUCGACGCACAUCUCGAAACAAAGCAGAUCAGGAAAAUACUAGAACAUCAUCAAGUAUUUGGCCCUGUUAUUCCCUUCGUUAUUAACCCACAAACAUCCUCGACUCGAAUUCAACAGUAUCAUGGACGUCGAGUUCAAGCCCAACAACAACUCCAUCACCAGCGAAUCUGCCCCACUGAUCGAGCCUGUCGAUAGCGCCAGUGACCAGGACUUGUUCAUGGUUCCCUUGAAAAGACCUUCUCCCAAGUUGCCGUCGUCUCGGUACAGAAACGUCCGCCCUCGCUCGCCUCCGCGCCCUCCAGCCACUCUCAAAAGAACGCCCCAACUACCCACUGAGGAGCAGAUUAAUCAACUCAUCGCCAUGGCUUAUCAAAGUCCACCUCUGUCAGAACGUGCCGGUGAUAAGAUGGACGCCAUGGUCAAAACACCACCAACAACAAUGUUUGGAUCGCCCAUGAUGUCCCCGGAACAGAACCAAGGACCAUCUCUCUCCAUGGUUUACCACAGUCCCCCCAUGUCGAGCCGAAACAUCAACGACAACCUCAACAGCACCGGUGCCAACUCCACUCCCGCCAUCGGCGGUAUUUUGUCACCCAACCCGAGUGACGACAACCACCACCCGGGAAAGUCAUCCCCCAACAUGGCCUCCACGACAAACGACAACCCCACCACCGCCCGCAACACCUCCCGUUCUGCCUCCCCCCAGCAGUCGACCAAAGCAUCCUCUGUAUACGACGCCCCCGACGACAAGAAGGAAGCCCAACCAACCACCACGACUCAACUCCCCCCUCCCAUCCCACCCCUCUCCGCCUCCCGUCCCGCCCCCUCGAGGCCUUACAACCUCUCCCUAACCAAAGCCAACCUCGGCCUCGCCCUCCAACUCAACCCAACCCAAGACAGCAACCUCCUGGCCCCGCCCAUCGACCCAAACUGGGCAUUAAACCCUGACUCUCCCAUGGAGCGCGCCUCCCAGAUGCGCGCCACACCCGACAGUGCCUAUGACAGAGCCAGACAGAUGGAGAUUAGGCGCUCAGAGUGGAAGCACAUCGUUUAUCGGUUUCCUGUCAAAGGGUCGGGGCACUGGGUGAUUGAUUGUGACUUGACCGAGAGCAGCCACGCCAGGCUGAGCGAUGUCGCGGGACGGAGCUCGGAGGGGUUUGAGUGGAAUGGGGAUUAUGAGCUGGCGAACAUUUAUAGGGUGCUGGCGCAGGCGCAUAGGAAGGUGGGAGAGGAGAUGAGGAUGGAGAGGAUUGGGGAGAGGAAGAAGGGUGUUACUGUGCAGACGGCUGUGGCGGCUUGA